UUCCCAAAUGGGGGAGAGCACAACUAAUUCUGGGGGACUGGCCUCCAGUGCAGCACAGGGACCAAAGCGCGAGCCCGAGCCUUGCCUACUGUGGCCAAAGAAGAAGCAGAGGGCCGUGCGGGACCAGAUCCGACGAGUCAUUGUGGAACUGGAGGGGAUUUUGCACGGCCUAAAAGAAGUUCAUUUGGAGAUGAAAGAGGUGGUCCAACAGAUUGAUCAUCUGACCUCUGCCAUAGACCUCACCGAGGACGAGCCACACACCGGUCUCCAUAGUGACACGCUGGGCAGCAGCAGCUCCAGCGGGGUGAUGGUGGGUGGGAAGGCGGAAGGGGACGACAGCGGGGACGUGGAGUCGGGGAGAGCCAACAGUGCCCCCUCCUCCCAAAAGAGCGUCCCCUCCGUGACCAGCAGCCCUGUGUCAUCCAGCACCGUGGCCAACUCUGCUGAGGACCACCGCAGUCCCUCGCCAAAUGACCCAUCUAGCAGUGAUUCUCCACCAGCUAACCAAUCCACUGACCCAAAGACUAAAACCAGGAAAGAAGGAAUGACCCCAGCUAUCUUCAAGGCAGCCACUCUGGGACCAAGGGGCAAGAAGCCCCCGCCGUACCCCCACCACAAAACAGCCAGGGCAGACAAUGAGAGAGAUGGUCUGAAAGCUCCCCCAUACCCCGUGAAACGCAGGCUGCUCUCCACCACUGUCUGAGGGACCAGGGGCGCCAGGGUUGCUGCUGCUGGCUGGCACAGUUCUCACCAGCUGUGAGAGAGAGGUCGGUCUCCACGGUGACAGGAACCGUUCAGAGAGACCCACGGUACUGCUGAAGGAGCAUGCACCACAAUCAGUGGUGAGGACCUUUUGCACAACUAAUGGACACCCUGACGAUCGAUGCUGCAGUAGAUUGGGUGCUGCUGAGACAGGAGCUGUAUGGAGGCCACGAGACAACCGUCUGCUCAGUGAGCUGGAGUUCUGAAAGACUGAGCCCUGACCUUGUCAUCCCGCACCGCGCCGCCUGUUCUUAUACUCUUCCCUUGUAUUUCUUCGUAAUUGAGCGUGGAUUUCUAGAUCACACGGCGGCACAGAAACAGGACCUGCGACAACAACACUUCCUGUCUGUCCUGCUGGAGGACGAUUAAGGAUUCUGGGUCACCCAUGUGGCCUGCUUAUUCUCCACUCAGGGCAACGAUUGGUGCACACAUGUUUGGCUCGUGCGGAGCAGACAAACUAUUCUCUGGCUGAUGACAUAGCUGGCCCAGGGAGGGCAGACACAAAUAUCUCAUUGGCUAUUCACCAGUCAAUCAAGCACAGUUUGAGUUUGUGUGAGUGCACUGCUUGACAGAAAAGUGAGCUUUUUGGUAAACAGUGCAUCACCUAUGCAGAGAGCCUGUGCACGCUAUAUGUGUGGCCCUCUAUACAUAUGCAGAAUCAAGCUUCAGACUCCAGUGUAUGGACAUGGCUACACUCUACAAGUCUCAUUCAUCAGGCUAACACAUGUAAUACAAAGCAGUUAAGCUGGUUUGACUACGUUGGGGUUUGGAAAAACAUGAGAUGCAUGUUUUAGAAGUCAGGUUUUCAGACUUUCUUAACACUUUUCAACAUCAUAUUCAACUUCAUAUAUUUCUGCUAGUUCUGCUCAUAAUGUUGUCCAAGCCUGGUGUCAUCAAAAUCAGACAGACUUUUAAGGUCAAUUUAAACCAAAAUGUCUAGAUUCUAUAAUGGUUUCCUCCACAUAAAAUGUUAAUGUUUUAAUGGCGCAGCAGUUGUUAAGAAUGUGUUACUGUAGUGUUCCUUCACCAGCAAUCAUUCAAACAUGAAGACAGAGCAGCACAUGACUUAAAUAAAGACAAUCAUUGUGAGUUUGCAGAUGAGGAUACUCACAUAAGCA